CCGUCGGCGGCGGAGGUGCCUCGGUCGCCGUCAGCAUGCCGAGCCGGAGAGGAGGCGGUGGCGGCGGCGCGUCGGAGCGCAGCCCGCUGCUGACCUACCGCCUGCUGAGCAGCGCCUCGAUGGACGCGGAGCCGCCCGGGCCGGGGGCCGGAGCCCGCAAGCUGCCCACCUUCCUGGGCGUCGUCGUGCCCACCCUGCUCUCCAUGUUCAGCGUGGUGCUUUUCCUGCGCCUCGGAUUUGUGGUCGGCCAGGCUGGAUUAUACCAGGCCAUCGGUAUGUUCGUGGUAGCCUAUUUCAUCAUUGGCAUGACAGUCCUGUCGGUGUGUGCCAUCUCUACCAAUGGGGCCUUGGACGCUGGAGGUGCCUAUUACAUGAUCAGCCGGGCGCUGGGGCCCGAGUUCGGGGGCAGCAUCGGGAUAAUGUUCUUCUUGGCCAACGUUUGUGGCAGCGCCCUCUACAUCUUGGGGCUGGUGGAAGCUGUCGUGGAUGACUUUGGAGUGCCGGGAGAGGGCAGAGCGGGCAGCGGCGUCCACGUUCUGCCAAGCGGUUACUGGUUUGAGCUGCUGUACGGGACGGUUCUCCUGCUCCUCUGCCUCCUUGUGUGUCUGGUGGGUGCCGGCAUCUACGCCAAAGCCACCUUCCUCAUCUUCGUCAUCGUCAUGGGGGUCCUGGGCACAGUCUUCCUCAGUUUCUUCCUGGUGCAUCCUCACAACGUGAAGGUGCCGAACAUCGAAGGCAACAACACGGUCUUCCUCAACGCCUCUUUCACCGGCUUCCGGCUCAGCACCCUCAAGGGCAACCUCUUAGCUGCCUACAGUGUGGAUUACACAACUGGGAAUGUGAUGAGCUUCAGCACGGUCUUUGCGGUCAUGUUUAAUGGCUGCACGGGCAUCAUGGCUGGAUCCAACAUGUCUGGGGACCUCAAGCGGCCCAGCUACUCCAUCCCCCGGGGCACCAUCAUCGCCGUCAUCUUCACCUACGUCGUGUACAACCUGUUGGCUUUCCUACUGAGCUGCACGUGUGACAGGCUCCUUCUCCAGCGGGACUACGGCUUUCUGAAGAACAUCAACAUCUGGGCCCCCUUGGUCACUAUUGGAGUCUACUGCUCCACCCUGUCCGCCGCCAUGAGCAACCUCAUUGGCGCCUCUCGGAUCCUCUACGCUUUGGCCAAAGAUGACCUCUUUGGCAAAGCUUUGGCGCCAGCAAAACGGACAUCCAGUAGCGGAAACCCUUGGGCGGCCGUGGUGCUCUCCUGGCUGCUGGUACAGCUGGUUCUGUUCUCGGGGAAGCUGAACACUAUCGCCGCCGUGGUCACCAUUUUCUUCCUCUUGGUCUACGCCACUGUGGAUCUGGCCUGCCUGGCGCUGGAAUGGGCAUCUGCUCCGAACUUCAGGCCCACCUUCCGGUACUUCACCUGGCAUACCUGUGUGCUGGGCAUCGCGGGCUGCGCCGUCAUGAUAUUCCUCAUCAGCCCCAUCUAUGCCUCGGCCAGCAUGGCUUUUAUGAUUGUCCUCCUUCUGGCCCUCCACUACCUCUCGCCCAGCAGCAGCUGGGGCUACAUCAGCCAGGCACUCAUCUUUCACCAGGUCCGGAAAUACCUGCUGAUGCUGGACAUCCGCAAAGAACACGUCAAGUUUUGGCGGCCGCAGGUGCUGUUGAUGGUGCGGAAUCCACGAACUUCUCUGCAGCUCAUCAGCUUCAUUAACGACCUGAAGAAAAGCGGCUUGUACGUGCUUGGUCAUGUUGAGCUGGAUGAUUUAGACUCCCUGCCUGCCGACCCCCUCCCAGCCCAGUCCGACUCAUGGCUGCAGCUCGUGGACAGGCUGAACAUCAAGGCUUUCGUCAACCUGACCCUGUCCGACUCUGUACGGCACGGCACCCAGCAGCUCCUCUUCAUCUCUGGCCUGGGAGGCAUGAGGCCCAACACCAUAGCUCUGGGGUUCUAUGACAACAGGACAUCCGAGGACUGCCUGUCCCAACACCCUGCCUUCAGCAGCAACGAAGAUACGGCCUGGCUAAAUUUCCCUCCGGUGUGGGAUUCAGCCAACCGCAAGCGACUGUCCUCCCGCGAGUACGUGGCUAUUAUCGCGGAUGCUGUGAAGAUGCGCCGGAACGUACUGCUGGCACGCUCCUUUGACGACCUGAAGCUGCCUCAGGAGCUGGGGUGGCGGGCGCAACCGCUCAUUGACGUCUGGCCCAUCAACCUGUUGCGGCCAGACAGCGCCCGCUACGUGGACACCUGCAGCCUCUUCCUGUUACAGAUGGCGUGCGUCCUGGCUAUGACGCGGGCUUGGCGCCGGGCCCGCUUGCGCCUCUUCCUCUGCGUGGAGAGUGGCACCCGCCCCCGAAGCCAGGAGGACAAGUUGCGGCAACUCCUGAAAGACCUGCGCAUCUUGGCAGAUAUCCACACAGUGCCGUGGGACAAUGUGGUAGCCCUCCACUGGCACAGUCGAAAGGAGGCAGCAAACGACAAUGCCCUCAACUUCCCUGGCAACGUUGCUUGCGUCUCGGAUGACUAUCUGAGCGCGGUCAAUCAGCUUAUCCUCCAGCAAAGCUCGGCUCCCACCGUCCGUUUUCUGUACCUGCCCCGACCCCCUGCAGACACUAGCCUGUAUGUGCGUUACUUGGAACAGCUGGAGGCGCUCACCCGAGGAUUGGGCCCCACGUUGUUGGUGCAUGGGGUGAAUGCAGUCACCAGCACAGAGCUGUAGGCCGGCCGCAUGAACUCGAUAUCAAUGAGUGGACUGUGGUGACAGACUCGCUUGUCAUCCGUUGUGGCCAGAGCUCGGUGAGUAGCCGGCCACUGGACUAGCAUGGUAUAUCGAGGAGAAAAGCCUAGAUGAGCUGGAAACAGGCAGCCUGUGUUCCCUGGCUGGUUUUGCCCAAGUUAGGUCUUUUCCCCUGUGGAUUGAGCCACUAGUGAGACCAACUUAGUGCAGUUACAGCGAGAGAGGCCCGGGGCAUGGCAAAGCUAUCACAGCCAUGGGUGUUUAUCACACAGUGUCUUCCCCUCGCUCCAUUCCUUGGAGCUGGAAUUGUGGCCCAAUGCUCGAGCAGAGGGGGUCACAGCAAGACCCAGAGGUCUCCGACCCAGGGCUGGGACCCUAAAUUCGGACCUGUUGGUGAGGAGAGACUCCAUGGCCUUGGGAAAUCUGCAGUGACCACCUUUCUUUUCACAUGUCGAAAUGGGAGUAAAAUUAAAGAUGGCACUGAAGGACCCAAGCAGUCUCUUGUCGUGGCUUUGGGGUGUCAUGAAUGGCCCAUUAACGACAGCGGCAACUUGCCCCAGUCUCAAACUGCUGCUUAGGCUCAGCAGAGUGUCUGUUAUCUUGUGUUAUAUGGCGCGAUCAUUGCCGUUUUCAUGGCAUGCGCGAAAAGGUCGCUGGCCAGUUACCAUCCUUUUACAUGGAUGACAACAAGUUAUAAGAUAAAACGCUUGUACACUUUUUGAUUCCCACUUCUUGUACCAUGUCCCCCGCCCGGACAGAGCCUGAGGGUCUUAACGUAGUGCCAAAUCGUCCACCUCUUGAGAUGAAGACUGAAGUAUCCCUCUUAAUGAUGGUCACACCAAUUUCUUUUCCUGCCGUGUGUGAACUCAAUGUCACAACUUGCCUCUAGCGCUCGCACACCUUGCAAGUCAAACAGGAGGGGGGGAAUCCAUUGGUAAGCUUGCCCCCUUCCCGUUGUUCUUCAGUUGGGCUGGCUAACUUAUCUUUUUUUAACAACACGUUAAGCCAUUUGGGUAUAGAUCCAUCUCCCCCUUUAAAAAAUCCUCAUGAACAAGCCGUUAAACAUAGCUCUGGGACCUGGGAGGCUCCGAAGACAUUCCCAGUGGCUAGCCAGUAUGUACCCACCGUACUUGACUUCUCCCAGAGGCUGGAAAUUUGCAGAACUUCUUAUAUAAAGAAACAAUA